CUGCACUGUCACUCACUCAACACCAUCUUCUUCUCCUCUUCCCUCCUGGAUACCAUUCUCUUGCCCAAGAAAAAAUCCUAUAAAGAAUUGUAAACUAUCGCAGUACCAUCACCGGGCAAGGCAAGGGCAGUGAUCGAGGAGAAUAAAAGCAGAGGUAGUAGCAGAAGCAAGAAACACUUGUUCUCCUUGCAGUUGCAGCUUAACCCUCUUGGCUAAGAUUGUGGUAACCUGCUACGAGGUUAGCUUAGCUUGGCUUGCUCGAUCGAGCUUGCCGUGCACUCCUCUGUCUCUUUAUUUUGCCGUGGUGGUAUAAGUUGGUGUGGAGGUGAGGCUGCCGGCCAUGUCGACCGUCUCCUCCGCGCUGUCGUCGUUCCUGUACUGCUGCUUCUACCCCACCGGCGGCCACCGGCACGGCCACCGCGCCGGCGCGUACUACUACAGCAGCCACCCGACGAGCACCAACACCUACUACUACGAGGGCGGGCUCGCCGGACGCAGGAUGGGCAGGAGCAGGCCGCUGUCUCUGCAGACAGUGGAGCUCAAGGUUCGGAUGUGCUGCUCAGGCUGCGAGAGGGUCGUCAAGCACGCUCUCAUGAAGCUCAGAGGGGUUGAUUCGGUGGAGGUGGAGCUGGAGAUGGAGAAGGUGACGGUGACGGGGUACGUGGAGAGGCAGCGGGUGCUGAAGGAGGUGAGGCGCGCCGGGAAGAAGGCGGAGUUCUGGCCGAACCCGGACCUGCCGCUCUACUUCACGUCGGCCAAGGACUACUUCCACGACGAGGAGUCCUUCCGCCCCAGCUACAACUACUACCGCCACGGCUACAACGGCGACAAGCACGGCCACCUCCCGGAGCCCCACCGCGGCGCCGACCCCGUCAGCAACAUGUUCAACGACGACGACGUCAACGCCUGCUCCAUCAUGUAACUCUCACUCGCCGGUGCAAUUGAUCCAUGGCGCCCGGGCGCGCAGCCAUUGAUCCACCGCGCGCAUGAUGCAAGAACGCACGCAUGCACGCGUGCAUGCGCCUCUCCCGUAGCUGGACGAGUAGGGUAACUGUGGGGGGUGAGAUCGAUGGAGGCGUGAUCAUUGUGUGUUCUCUCUUGUGCUCGGCGCCUGCCUGCCUGUCUGGGCUGUGGUGACAGGUCAGGUAGUGUGUGUGUGUGUGCGCGCAUGUAAUGUAACAGAUGCUAAAGUCAAGUGGCAAUAUCGAAAUGAGUAGUGGCGCCCUUUACGGGUUACAAAAUGGAAA